UCUUUCGUUCCGGACAUUCGGCAACCGAUCAGUCGCCAUCCAGUUCACGUAAAGAUUUCACGCAAAAUCGACAAGAGCAUGCUGCGCAACGAACAUUACAAAGAUGACAUGAUUUACAUCACGCAAUUGACGCGAAACGUUCUGAGCCUACUCGGGGUCUGGCCGGCGUAUAACAGGAGAAGCUCCACCGGCGAACGAGUCUGGAAGUACUUCUUGAUCUCGAUGUCUUACAUUCUUCUCUACUGCGUUUUGAUUCCCGGCGCCUUUUUCUGGACAAUCGAGAAAAGACCGCGCGUCCGAGUCCAAACGAUCCCUCUGAUGUUCUACGGCUUCAUGGCCAGUGGUAAAUACAGCAAUCUGGUAUUCCGCGAAAAGGAUAUCAGGCGCUGCUUGAAGCACAUCGAGGAGGAUUGGAGGAUCGUUAAUAGCGUGGAGGCGCGGCACAUGAUGAUCGAAUCUGCAAAGAUCGGAAUACGACUGGUGACACUUUGCGCGGUAUUCAUGUACGGCAGCGGGCUCUCCUUUCGAUCGAUCCUGCCGUUCGCUAAGGGAAAAAUCGUCACCGCACAAAACAUCACGAUCAAACCUCUGCCUUGCCCGGCUUACUUCUAUAUCUUCGAUAUACAAGUUAGCCCGGCUUACGAGCUGAUCUUCGCAAUGCAAUUUUUAUCCGGGGUAGUCACUUAUUCGAUAACGAUAGCUUUAUGUGGCCUCGCGGCCGUCUUCGUGAUGCACGCCUGUGGCCAGCUGAAGAUUCUGGCGGAUCUGAUGAGAAAUCUCGUCGAGGAGCAAUGGCAGGAAAAACAGGACGUGAACAAGAAGCUGGCGAGAAUGGUCGAACAUCAAAUAAGAAUUCGAAGUUUUUUACAAUUGGUAGAAAAUACUUUACAACAAGCGUGUCUAAUAGAAUUGAUGGGGUGCACGAUGAUAGUAUGCCUUCUAGGAUAUUUUAUAAUAAUGGAAUGGGAAAAUAGCAAUUCGAUAGCUAUGUGCUCUUACUUUAUAACAGUUACAUCCCUGAUGAUAAAUAUGUUCAUGUUUUGUUACACUGGCGAACAACUUAGUGUUCAGGCAGAAAGAGUAGCUAGUACAUCUUGCGAGCUCGAGUGGUACCGUCUUCCGGACAAGAAAGCGCGUGGGAUCGUGCUGGUAAUAAUCAUGUCAAAUAUGCCUACUAAGAUUACCGCUGGGAAGAUCAUGGAUCUAUCUUUCAAGACGUACGGCGAUGUAAGAACAUACGUUCAUUCAUUUCUUCAGCAUUUUAUUCCGGGUGUCUGUUUUUGGUUGAUUGAGAAGAGAACACGCAUCAGGGUUCGAACGAUUCCUCUGCUUCUCUACGGUUUCAUGGCCGGUAGUAAAUACAGCAGUAUGGUUUUUCAUGAAAGAGAUAUCAUACGUUGUUUGAAGCACAUCGAGGAGGAUUAUAAGACAGUUACCAGCGCGAGAUCACGAGACGCGAUGAUCGAGUCCGCGAAGAUCGGAAGACGUCUGGUCACACUUUGCGCUGUUUUCCUGUACAGCAGCGGGCUCUCCUUUCGAUUGAUCCUGCCGUUUGCCAAGGGAAAAAUCGUCACUGCGCAAAAUAUUACGAUCAGACCUCUGCCCUGCCCGGCUUACUUUUUUUCCCUUAAUGCACAAGUCAGCCCCAUUUAUGAAUUUAUCUUUGCAAUACAGAUAUUAUCCGGGGUAGUUACUACCUCGAUAGCGACAGGUUUAUGUGGUCUUGGUGCUGUCUUCGUGAUGCACGCCUGCGGCCAGUUACAGAUCUUGGUGUAUCUGAUGAGAAAUCUCGUCGAGGAGCAAUGGCAAAAGAAACAAGAAGUGAAUAGGAAGCUAGCUAAAAUGGUUGCACAUCAAUUAAGAAUUCGAAGUUUUUUACAAUUGGUAGAGAAUACUUUACAACAAGCAUGUCUAAUAGAAUUGACGGGAUGCACGAUACUAGCGUGCCUUUUAGGAUAUUUUAUAAUAAUGGAAUGGGAAAAUAGUAAUACGAUGGCUAUGUGCUCUUACUUCACAUCAGUUAUAUCCAUGAUGAUAAAUAUGUUUAUGUUUUGUUACACUGGUGAACAACUUACCGUUCAGGCAGAAAAAGUAGCUAGAACAUCUUGCGUGCUCGAGUGGUAUCGUCUUCCGAAUAAGGAAGCACGGGGGAUCAUCCUUAUAGUAAUCAUGUCAAAUAUGCCCGUCAAGAUUACUGCUGGCAAGAUCAUGGAUCUAUCAUUUAAGACAUAUGGCGAUGUCGUGAAGACAACUCUUACGUAUUUCAACAUGCUUCUAAACCUAACUAAAUGAACGGUUCUGCUAUAAUAUUCAACUUGAAACUACGACUACGAACUCAUCAUAGAGAUAACAAAGCUUGGUAUGAUGUAUAUAUAUAGAUUGCUUAAAUAUAUUCUUGGUUUUUAUAUAUUUUUAUUAUAUAGAAACGUGCGUGAAGAAUUUUUGUUUUUUAGUACAGUUUAACGGUACAUUAAAAUUUUACAGAAAGCAGCAGUUCAUUCAUUAAUUAAGUUGUGCAAUUACUAUUUUGUCAUUCUAUAUAAGCCAUAUGAUUAUUUCAUUGCAAGAUGAAUAAAGGCAUCCAGUAAAAAUUAAAAAAUAACCAAACAUAUAAUUUUAUAUUUAUUAGUCACAUAAAUACGAAAACAAUGUUGCUUUAUAUCCGAUAAUUAUUGCACGUGAUUGUAGUACGCGAGCAGAUUGAAAUAUCAUAUGAUGUAACUAGAAAACAUAAAUUGUCAAUCAACGUUCGUUCUUCGUAACUAGCUAAGUUAAAUGCAUCGGUAACAUUGCAAUGUGUGAAAAAAAUACGACGUGAUCUGUGUGUGAAUAUGUUUCAAUAUCAUCGAUUGCAUAACUUUUCUUGAUUUAAAGUAUCAAGCAGCAUUUCAGUAUAUGAUAUAAAUGAGCUGUGCAAUAAGCUUUAUUCUAUUUUGCUCCGAAAUCUUUACCGCACGUGAAAGUCCAACCGCGGU